GCCCCACCCUCGUUCCCGGACAGGCGUGACUCCAGUCUGCUUACACCCGCUCUGCCCUUACUCUCUCCUGCACGCGGCUAUGGCGGAACCUGAGUUGCAGCUGGUGGCGCGACGCAUCCGCAGUUUCCCCGACUUCCCCAUCCCUGGCGUGCUGUUCAGGGAUAUCUCUCCCCUCCUGAAAGACCCCGACUCCUUCCGAGCUUCCAUCCGCCUCCUGGCCAGUCACCUUAAGUCUACGCAUGGCGGCAAGAUCGACUACAUCGCAGGCCUGGACUCCAGGGGCUUCCUGUUUGGCCCCUCCCUCGCUCAGGAGCUGGGCCUGGGCUGUGUGCUCAUCCGGAAGCGUGGGAAACUGCCGGGCCCCACAGUGUCAGCCUCCUAUGCCCUGGAGUAUGGCAAGGCUGAGCUGGAAAUCCAGAAAGACGCCUUAGAACCUGGGCAGAGAGUGGUGGUUGUUGAUGAUCUCCUGGCCACUGGAGGAACUAUGCGAGCUGCCUGUGAGCUGCUGGGCCAGCUGCGGGCUGAGGUGGUGGAGUGUGUGAGCCUGGUGGAGCUGACCUCGCUGAAGGGCAGAGAGAAGCUAGGACCAGUGCCAUUCUUCUCUCUCCUGCAAUAUGAGUGACAGACGGUGGAAUAGUUGCUACACCCGUGCCCCCAGCACCUACGGCCGGACAGUGGCUCAGCCUCACCACCUAAGUGACCUUUGUGAGCCACCAGCUGCCCUUCCUGUGACUGUUCAUUUUGCUGGUCAGCUGGUGACCAUGCCUAUGGACCACUUGGGUCCUUGCAUUUUUUUUAUAUGUGCUAGAGCAGAGCUACUGCAAGCUACAACACAGCAAAAUUAAUAAACAGUUUGGUACAUA